GGAUAAAUAUAUAGAGAAAGAGAAGAACUGAAAAGACUAAGAUCUCAUACAGGAGACCCGUUACUUGGCUGGGGAUUGCCACCAACAUGCGCGGACGACAGAUUCCCUACCACCCAGUUAUUUCUUCUAGCAAUAUGUCGUGUUGCGGAGCCAAUCGCCCUAACGUCCAUCUUUCCCUAUUCAUGGGUGAUGGUUAAGGACUUUCGCAUGGCGAAUAGCCACAAUGCCUCUAUUUACGCCGGUAUACUCGUCUCCGCCUUUUCCCUUGCUGAAGCUUUGACUGGUAUGUUAUGGGGGGCUCUUUCAGACCGAGUCGGUCGCAAACCCAUUCUCCUCUCCGGUUGCUUCGGUACAAUGCUAUCGCUUCUGCUUGUGGGAUUUGCCCCCAACUUCUGGGUGGCCCUCUUUGGGAGAGCUUUAGGAGGAUUUUUGAAUGGCAACAUUGGGGUUAUCCAGACAAUGGUUGGUGAAUUGGUCAAACGGCCUGAGCAUGAACCUCGAGCCUAUGCUGUGAUGCCAUUUGUCUGGUCAAUUGGAACGAUCAUCGGGCCAGCCAUUGGAGGUUUGCUUGCAAAGCCAGCAGAAAGUUACCCUACCCUCUUCCCUACUGAUGGCCUAUUUGGCAAAUUUCCCUAUCUUCUACCAAACCUUGUUUGUUCCGUUUUACUUCUUUUUAGCAUCAUUGGCAGCUGGCUGUUUCUGCAAGAGACCCAUCCGGACAUGCAGAAAUGGAGUGUUCCCGAAGAUCUCGAUCAUACAUCCGCCGAACAUCCUCUUCUAGCAACGGCUGGAGCAACAGCAAAUGCAAGCGCAGAUCUACGAGCCGAAUCAUACGGAACUUUCAACCAGGUCCAUCUGCAUCAGGACGAGGACUGGGUGAUACAAGUCGAUGGAUCAAAGGUCGAAUCGGGUCCAGAGAAACCAAAGACUUUUAACUGGCGAGUUACCAUGCUCAUCGUUGCAUUGGCUAUUUUCACAUAUCAUUCAAUGACAUAUGAUCAUCUGCUCCCUAUCUUUCUGCAAGACGGAAACGCCAGAAACAUCUCGGGCUUGGGCAAUUCGGGCUUCAGUAUUCCUGGUGGAGUCGGUCUGUCGACCCGAACUGUCGGAUUGAUCAUGUCUUCCGACGGCUUCAUUGCACUCUUCGUUCAAACUCUUAUUUUCCCAACCCUGGCCCAUUUUUUGGGGGUAUGGAAGCUUUUCGUACUGGUGACUGUUCUGCACCCCAUUGCCUAUUUUAUCGUUCCCUUUUUGGUUUUCGUGCCACACAAAUUUCUCUUUAUUGGCAUAUAUGCCUGUCUGAUCGUUCGCAACAUCCUUUCUAUCAUCGCUUUCCCGGUACUGUUGAUUCUCAUCAAGCAAGCCAGUCCUUCUGAUUCUGUCAUGGGCAAAAUCAAUGGCCUUGCUGCGUCCGCAGGAGCAGCCUCUCGCACGGUUGCUCCUCCUGUGGCGGGGUUCCUGUAUAGCACCGGUACCUCAAUUGGUUUCACUGCCAUCGCGUGGUGGGGAAGCGCCUUUGUGGCCACUAUUGGUGCUCUCCAGGUGUGGUUUAUCCAACGAAAGAAGCACGCCUCGGUCACAGUCCAGCCAAUUGUCCCUUGCCAUAUUGCUCCCGAUGGCACUCAGCCUGCGAAACAGACUAUUCAUAUCAUGGUGACUGAGGCUGAUGGAAACACAGAGAGCAACGCUUAACGAUUUGUCCGACACGAUACUUUUCUUUCUUGGUUAUAUUAUAUUUCGUGGAACUGAAGACAGUUUGAGAACACCUUUUUUGAUGUAGAACUAGUGGCUCUUCUAUUAAGCUUAUCUAGCAUGAUUAGACCACUAUUGUAAAUAGCUUCUGUUCUUAUUGCAUCUACUAGUUUGUAAUGUAUUUAGUUUGGUGGAGUAUUCUUUCUGAUGUGCAUAAGUGUUGUUUUUUUGACGGCAGAUUAUUUAUUUGUUCACAUAGACUACUCCCUUCCAAGAUAAUUGGUGAUAUAUCACUAUAAGCCGGUCAUCAUGUGGCACCAUAUAUGCAUAAUAUCUCAAGAGCAAUUAUCUGAUAUUUUACCGAGUGGAUUGAUUGUUUCUCCUCGAUUCUUCUCAUGCCAAAUUAGGGC